AUGAUUUCGUUCGCUGUUGCUUUGGCUCUCGCCACCAUCCCUUCCGCCCUCGGCGCUACAUUCGAAGUUCAAGUUGGAGCUAAUGGUCUCACCUAUACACCCGAGUUCGUCAACGCGGUGCCUGGCGACAUCGUCAACUUCACUUUUUCUCCUAAAAACCACACGGUUACGCAGUCAAGCUUCGACACACCGUGUGUUGCCGCAGCCGGUGGUGCGAGGACUGGUUUCAUUCCUGUUGCCCCUGGUACUUCGCCUUUGCCAGUCAGGCAAUUCAUCGUCCCAGAGAGCACCGCCCCCAUUUGGUUCUACUGUGGUCAGACCGCCCCAGUGAGCCAUUGUGGCUCAGGCAUGGUCUUCGCGAUCAAUCCCCCAGCGGAAGGCGACCCGCAGUCUUUCAGCGCGUUCAAGGCGCGGGCUCAGGGUCAGGCAGCGCCCACUGACACUACGCCACCAGCAUCUACCACGACACCACCCGCAACUAGCACGGCGGCGCCCCCAACCGGCACCCAAGCUACUGAGCACAAGAUCGUUGUUGGUGGCCCGAACGGCGAGCUGACCUUCACCCCGUCCAACAUCGCCGCGGCCGUUGGUGAUACCGUCCUGUUCGAGUUCCAUCCGAAGAACCAUACCGUCACCCAGUCGAGCUUUGCACAGCCCUGCUCUCCAUUUGCAAGCGCUGCAGGAGCUCCUGGCUUCCGAUCUGGCUUCCAGUUCGUUGCUCUUGAUGCCACGGAAUUCCCAACGUUCUCGCUUUUGAUCAACGAUACUGAACCCAUCUGGGGCUACUGUGGACAGAGAAGUCCCAUCAGCCACUGUGGCGCCGGAAUGGUCUUUGCCAUCAACGCCGUCGAGUCAGGAGACAACAACUUCGCUGCCUUCCAGGCAGCCGCCAGGCGUGCUGAGGGCGGUAGUGCCUCCACUGGAACUCCCUCUGCCACCACCAGCCCGGCUCCCACUGGCGGCGCCCUAUCCACGCGGGCGAGCGUCGGCCUUACCGCCGGCCUGGUCGUUCUCGGUUUUGUCGCUACCUUCCUCUGA